ACAGGUAUAGAUUCUGCGUCAUGCCUCCCAAAUAUCUGCAAAAUUUCCUAAUGCCCAUGCAUUUACUAUUACUCAUGAUAUCCGGGGCCUCCUAUGAUGUCCCCUCCCUUUCUGUCGCCUAACACAACCUUAUUUGCAAUAAAACAUAAUAGUAUGGUUAGCACAAAGGCACAAACAGUGCACAGUUCGCAUUCUAAAUGAUAUUUAUUAAAUCAAAUCCUCAAUUCGCCAUGGGUGAACUCUUUACAAUAUUUGUGAAGCACUGUGUGCCUUUUUUCCAUUGGCCCAUACUGGAACAUCCGAGGCAGCUGGCUUGGAAGACAAACAUUUAACUUUCCUCGCUUGCCAUACUAAACUAAAGAUCGCUUUAUCAUUGCUAACGCCUUGUUAACAUUCAUCUUCAAGGAUACGAUUUCGAAACACUGGUGAGAAAUUUGCGUUUGACAAAAACAAAGUCUACUUGCCGCGUUUUUGCUGUUGUUGGUGGUCUUGGCUUGAUUUUGCUUUUCUCUCACUUUUUACUACUUUCUUAAAGCUGUAGAAGGAUCCAUCAGAUUUUACCGGGUCAACAGCAUCACCUCGAUAUGAACAUCACUCCAUCCGUCCCCGUGUCCUCCCUCCACGAGGAGUUUGCGACGAGGCCCCCUUGGGUUACCGGGCUGGAAUCAACCGUAUACAUUCCAAUCGUCUUGACCGCAUUCAUCGGUAACUCCAUCGUUCUCUGGAUCCUCAUAAGAAAUCGCCGGCUCCGAACGAUCCCGAACUUAUUCGUCAUGUCACUCGCUCUUUCUGAUGUCCUACUUCCGGUUCUCAGCUCCGCGCCGUCAGUCGUUAUUAUAACACAGGGAGCCCAAGUCAUAAGCGACACGUAUUGUCAAUUCCAAGGGUUCACGUGCACAUGGCUUGCAUGCGUGUCGCUCGCGACUUUGACUUUCAUGGCCGUAAACCGGUAUUACCGGAUUGUCAAACCAGAUCGGUAUCGCACAGUGUUUACCGCCAAAAGAACAAAGCUUCUUUUGAGCGCUAUUUGGGGCUUCUCUUUACUCAGCCCCAGUUUCCCUCUCCUCGAUGGCAAAAAGUUUACUUUUCAUCCUGGAAAGUUUUUCUGCUACGUCAGACUAGAACCAGUUUCUGUGUUUUUCUUGAUUCUUUUUCUUGGAAUUCCUCUGGUUACCAUAACAACGUGUUAUUUCAAGGUCCACAAGGCCCUUCGUCACCACAAUGCUUGCAUGCGAAAUCCAAACUCGGAGAGCGCUCAGAUUUCGGUCUUUGAGAUCCGGGUCACCAAGACGCUUUUCGCCACCGUCGCUGCAUUCUGGGUAUGCUGGAUUCCGAUUGCGAUCGUGGACUUUACGGAAAUGGCUAUCGGAGAGUGGUCGUUACCUCGUCGCGUUUAUUACAUGUACUCGAUUUUCGGGAUCUCGUCAUCUAGUGCAAAUCCUAUUAUCUACGGUGUCAUGAAUAAGUCAUUCAAUGACGAGUACCGGAAGCUGUUCAGGUGUUACCGGAAGUCAUCAAGACGGGAGUCCGUGGUUUUCCCCACUCAACCGGAAGUAAACCGCCCUACGCUAGUGUCAGUGAAUAACAUUGAAUUGAGAUCUGUAUAAUAUUAAGACUCUUGUGCUCGUACAACGGAUUUGAAGUAGAGCCCGGCAAAACCUUUCAUAGGAAUUUCUGAAUUGAUUAUCGCUACUACUGCGCUUUGCAAUAUUCUGCGAAAUAUCGUCGACAAUUUCCAACAUGCUUCAUCGUCUUCUGGCUUCCGUCAUUCAAACACCAUUGAGCGUUUUCAUUGCAGCCAGCACUGAAAUGGUUUCCAAUCAUGGUUUCCACCCCUUCCUAAGGCGCUGACCCAUUAAAAAGCACCAAAUGUCAGUCUAAAUGAUGGAAGCCUGGAAAUAGUUCAGCUGCUGAAAGUUAUUGACUAGAGUUCUCGUUAUAUCGAUAAUCGCAGUUAAAAAGAAUCGAUCAGAUUAAUAAGGCAAGGACAUUAAGGACUCAUUAAAAUACAAAAUGUAUAAUAAGCUUAAUAUCUCACCGUGCGCAAAGGUCCACUUACUUUGCACAAGGACUCAUUCAUGCACAAUGUAUUAAAACUUUAUUUCUCACGGUGCGCAUAAUCCACUUAGGCCUAGCCCAACGUCGUAUUAUCCAUGAGUCAAAUGGACCUUUUCGCACCGUGAGAAAUUAGGCUUAUUAUACAUUGUGCAUAUGUGUAAAUGGCUAUCGUCCAGGGUCGGAACAUUUAAGCUGUUAAAUCAAUUAUUGCCGUAGCGCCUAGUUUGUUCAUUUUAAUUAAAAGGUGAGCAGUUAGGGCGAGGUUGUGCCCUUAUUCUUCGUAAUAAUGUCUCUUGACUCCGUGUGAGCUAGGAUCUUGGGGGCACGAGCCACUGUGGCUUUUUUUAAGCCAAAGAAAUUAGCCACACUGAUGGAGAAUUAGCCACAACCGAGAAGCUAUAGCGACCAAUUUAAUCAAAAUUCUUUAUUGCUCUCUUUAAUUUCGCGACAUUCAAGCCCCGCGAAAUCAUAUUCCUACGAACUUUAAUAUCGAAAAAUUCAAUACCCUUUCCGUUUGGUUUCCCUUGUUUUGUUUAUGACGACCAAGAGCAAGACGAUUAAAAACUUAUGAUUCUUUACUUUUGUGUAUGUAAAUGUGUUAGAAAAUAGCAUCAAGCACAAUA